AUGCAAAGAAAGUUCAAGGCGGAACGGUUCGAGAUUGGGUUAACAAAGCCGCAACGGCCGGUGGAUUCCAAACAAAUUGUGAGCUCAUUGAGGACGGUAUUCACAGCCGAAUAUCUGGAUCGGUUAGCAGACAUCAUCUCCAAGAAAGCGGCGAAGACUUUCGUUGCUGAAGUGCUCAAAAACAUUCCUCAAGCACCAGUGGCUAGUUUCCAAAGUGGGCAAGCCAAGCAAAGGGAAGCAGGCAGGAUCAGAAAAGAAAUGAACACCAUUGAUGAGCGUGAAGCGAUGCGGCUUCUGGAAACACCUUCACCAGAUGGUGAUAACUUGGAUGAGAACUCUGCAGGACUAAGCGACGAACAAAGCUACAAUACAAACAGGGUGCCCUUAAUAGGUUUAACGAAAAUAAACGGAGUUUACUACAGAAGAUUUUUAGGCUUAAUC